GUAGAACAAGUACCGACUAGUUGAGUAAUGUGUGCUACUAGUGUUACUAAUAAACCACUAGAUGUUCAUUUGUAGACUUUUGUAAACAGGUAACACACAGUUGUCCUUUAGUUACUCUUGUUCAAAAACAAAAAGACUAACAGGACAGUCGUUCUAGUAUUUGUGUGCAGAGGCAGAGGCAGAGGCAGCCCUUCUGCAGUCCGAUGAUUUGCAUUCAAGGGUGGAGUCAGCGUGGAAUGGGAUUGAUUUUGUUUUCUGUGGUUGGGAAGGAUCAGAUUGAGAUUUGAGACAACGAGAGUGAACUUCGGCUAGGUUGGAACUGGAAUAUUUUUGCAUCACCAAUUUAUUUGCUGAAAUUCCCUGCGCGACUAUGGAGCGCACUGCAUUUUCUUUGCAGCACGUCCAGCCUUGGCCAAGAGCAGCGCGGAGGAGCGAGUGGCUCCGGAGCGCCCUGGCCCACCACCACAGCCCCGAUCCCGGCGUGGACAACGAAAUCCUCGUGCUGGCCAUCGGAAUAGACCAGUACUUGCAAGAGGUCUUCCACCAUCUCGCUUAUCCCAGCCGAGACGAUAAAGUGUCGGCGGAGGACUUUAGCACCCUCUGCGCCGUCCUGGGUGUUCCCGGAGAAGCUCACCAAGGCAAGACAACAACGAAAGGAGGCGGGCGUACGGGAGCCGAGCAAGAGGACGAAGAGCUCGCAGACGUUUGCUCCGGGCUUCCUUGCCACAUGACUUUUAAAGACUUCCACUCGCGUCUCUGCGGCUACUUUCGUGUGCGGUGUGCGCGCAGAGGCGCCGGCGGGGAACCUGCGUGGCGGCUGCCUGUCACCGAGGAGACGGAGCUGGUGGAGAGGCACAUCAGGCUCCGCUGGCCUCGUCUCAGAAGGAAGAAACAUGGCCACAACAGAUCCACAGCUGCACAGGACGCUUCAUCGGAAGAGAUAGCAGCUCUGAGGGAACUGGUGGAAGACCUCCGAUCAGCGCUGCAGGGUAGCGACGCUCGCUGUUUGGCCCUUGAAGUGGCUCUGAGGCGAGAGAGGGGCCGCACACACUCAGCUCCCAUCAGUGUUUCAUCGCCCACAACUUCAAUUUCCCUCAUACAAGGCAAACUGGUUCCCACACGCCGGAUUAAAGGACAGCUAAAUAUUGUUGGAGGAAAUAGUGGGAGGAGAUUGGGGAGAAGAUGGGACAUAAGGGACCCUCUUUUAAGAGAGUUGCAGCUGAUCCGUUCAUCACGCGAUGGACAACUGGAGGAGGCCAUUAAGUUCAAUGAACGUCUGGAGCAGGAGUUGCAGUGGGCUUACCAGGAAGUGAGCAAGCUUCAGGGGGUGGAGUCUGCACUCAGGAGGGAGAACAUCCUAAUCAGGAGACGAGCGGAGGAGGCCAGGGAGGCCUUGACCUUGGGCCUCGAGAGGGUGCGACUUAUUGAGGAGCAAGCCGAAUCUGUGCCACAGCUUCAAUCUAGGAUCACCCAGCUGGAGAGUGAACUGCAGCAGUACAGAUCCGGCUGUGUAUGUCUUCCUGAAACUUCCUCUACAAGUGGAGGAAACUGUAAAGCAGAUGCUGAUUGUCUGCAGAGAGCAGUGGAGGGAAGAGCUGCCUCUGAUGAGGAGGAGGAAGGUGACAAGGGCAUGACCGAUGAAGAGCAAUGUUGUCUUUUCGAGGUGGAGAAGAACAUAAGUCAAUCGCUUGACUGGGCCAAAGGGUGUCACAGUCACGUGAUCCCUCAGUUCCUCUCGAAGGGGGACCUGUGCGUUUGCCACCUCGACAGUGAUUCAAAGGGCAACACGCGAUGCCGCAACUGGAAGCGACAAAAGCCAGUGUUCUCCGCAAGCAGAGAAGGUUGUGAAGCGGAGGGUGAAGCUCAGCCACUCAGCCGGGGGGCAAUAAGUAUACCCACACCUUCUCAGCGCCUCUCUCCGUGGGCAACUCCAGAGUGGAACAGAGUCCAACCCCUCUCAAGAGAACUGAGUCCAGACCAAGAGGAGGACAAGUCAAGUCUUGAAAAGAAGGAAAGAGAGAGGCUGUCUUUAAUGGAGGGAAAGUUCAGAGAUGCCCUCAUGUUACUUCUGCAACUACGCAAUAAGAAGUUGUCCCACAGGGAGCUUGGCAGCAUCAUGAUGGACACGCUAGAUAUGUGCAGUAAAGGAGAUGGUCCAUCCCAGGUACUGCAGGCAGCUGAUGCCCUCUAUGUGCAAUUAUCCUCCAGUGUGCACAUUAGAGAAGGAGGUGAAGCCAAAGGACGUGAGAGGGAAGCCCAACACUUGCUUCCUCCAUCAGGGCAUCAAACAAGUGGCACCAGCUCUCUGGUCAUCUCUUGUUAACAAAGCUAAAAAACAUUUGAAUUCUAAUAAUGUAACUUGUGCAGAACAUAAAUGUCAUCAAAUCUAUAAAUUGUUUUUUUUUUAUUAUUUUCCUCAACAAAUUAUUUCACACGGAGCAGACAUGGACUUUUAAUUUGGGAUGCUUUUUUUCCUUCAGGAAACACAUACUACUUUUGUAAGAUGAUUACCUUCCUAAACUCUUUAUAUUAAUUUUUUUUCUGGCAGCACAGUGGAGCAGCUGUGAAGCGUUCUGAGGACCCAGGUUCAAUCCCGGCCCUACCUGUGUGGAGUUUGCAUGUUCCCCGUGCAUGCGUGGGUUUUCUCCGGGCACUCUGGUUUCCUCCCACAUUCCAAAAGCGUGCAUUAAUUGGACACUUUAAAUUGCCCAUGGGGGGAAUUUGAGUGCAACUGUUGUUUGUCUUCGUAUGCCGUGUGAUUGGGUGGCAACCAAUUCAGAGUCUACCCUGCCUCCUGCCCGUUGACAGCGUGGAUAGGCUCCAGGACUCCCAUGAUCCUUGUGGGGAUAAACGGCAAAGAAAAUGGAUGGAUGGAUGGGUUCAUAUGCCACCAGCUAAAUCCAUCAAGCUCUUUGAUAAAUUAAGUUUCUUUUUUUCUGGAGAGGUGUACAAAGAGGUUCAUGUAGCCUAUUUCAGUGCUCAUGGAAACUGAUGAGUCAUGGAAUAAAAUAUGAGAUUUUCAGAAAUUCAACUUUAAAAGUCCAAUCAAUUUUCCCACAAAUGUAUCAUCUUUAGGUGCAAAAUAUGGUAAAUCCUGUCUUUGACUUUUAACAAAAAUGUUUAAAUCUCAAUUUUCUGUCAAACAGCAACAACUCGUCAAAAAUCAAAUAAACAUGGUGCUAUUGCAACAAAUUAUCAUAAACAAUCUACUGGCCACACGAAUUAUGUUUUUCAAGACAUUCAAAUAAGGUGAAACAUACCCUAUACAACUUUCAAGUUCAGCAAAAUAAACAAACCCAAUGUGUACUGUUAUCACAAAAAAUUAUGUCCAGUUGAGUUUGUUCAUUGUCCACUGAGUUUUGAAAAGUUGUACAUGUUCAAGAGCCACUUAUCCUCACCGGGAUAGUGCUGCAGCCUAUCCCCACUGUCAUCAGGGAGGAGGCAGGGUACACCCUGAAAUGGUUGUCAGUCAGUCACAGGGCACAUAGAGACAAACAACAGUUGCACUUACAAUCACACCAGUUCCGUCAACAUGUCGCCCUCAUUAAACAUUGUAUGUAUUUUUGGAAUGCUGAAAUCCGUUGGGAGCUACAGUAAUCACUCAUUUUACGCUGUUAAUGGGGACCAAGAACCCCCUCCGUAAUGUUAAAAAAUGCAAAGUAAACCCCCCCCCCGACACGCAUACCAGGAAUUUUCAUGUAUGUGUAUCUGGGUGCCAGAAUGAUUAAAUCAUGGAAUGAGUAUUUAUACUUUACAUAUUUGAGACUUAAGAUUAUAAAAGUACACAUCCAUCCAUCCAUCCAUCCAUUAUUAGGGGGAGGCUAUAAAAGCCUUUUUGGAGGAAAAAC